CUGGCAUCAGCAACAACGAGCCUCUGUCAAUGUCUUGUCUCUCAAAGUAAAUAUAACCAUGCAAAAUAAGUUUCUCAAUAAAAACCAAUAAACACUUCAGAGGACUGAGGAUGUCGGAAUACGAUAAAGUAAAGCCCGGUAAACUGAAGCUAAAAGGAGAUAAGGGCAAGUCAGUGACUGCUACUCUGCUGAGUAUGCAAUGGGGGUUGAAAAUCCAUGACUUUUGCAGAUCAAAGAAACGAAAACAUCAAAGUGGAAAAACUAAGGAAAACCCCACCCAAAUCAGCACCGACACAAUCAGCCACGGAAACUGGUGGAAAAUCUCAAAAACUGAAGACAUCGUGGGCCCCGUGGCUAUCGAAUUCGGCUCCCACGUGUAUGUAAAAGCUCUGGACAACGGGCUGUUCACGCUAGGAGCCCCUCACAACGAAACCGAAGGCCCGUCGCCCGAAGAAAUCCUGACCGGAGUCUACAUAAGUGAGCACAAAGUGGCUUUCAAGUCCGGCUACAACAAAUACCUGCGAGUGGACAAAAACGAUGUUGUUACAGGCCGAUCUGACGCUAUUGGAGCUAUGGAACAAUGGGAACCAGUAUUGCAAGACGGGAAAAUGGCCCUGCUGGGGUACAACGGUGGUUUUAUGUCGGCGGACGAUGAAGACUCCAUCAUAGCAAGAGCCAAACGGGCGGCCGCCGAGCAGUUCCUAACCAUUCGCUCGCACACCCUUAAAGAAAUCAGUCGCUCAAAAGACGAACCCGAUGAAGAGCAGGGUAACCUGAAACAAGUGGAGAUUAACUAUGUGAAGAAAUUCCAAAAGUUCCAAGACAAGCGCCUGAGACUGUGCCCGGAGGGCAAAAAGGACCUCAAAAAGGCCAAAGACGAGGGCACGUUCCACGAGACUUUGCUGGAUCGACGCAGCAAAAUGAAAGCGGACCGCUACUGCAAAUAAACCAGUUUAAACAAG